AUGCCUCUCACACCCCUCCGCCCCGGAGUGUACGCUCCAACAAUGACCUUCUUCAACCCCAACACAGAAGACCUCGACACCCCAACCAUCCGGAAACACGCUGUGCGCCUCGCUAAAGCCGGCCUAGUCGGGCUCGUCUGCAUGGGCUCUAACGGUGAAGCUGUCCAUCUCACUCUUGAAGAAAAACAAACCGUUAUCCGCGAAACCCGCGCCGCCCUCGACGAAGCCAAUUUCAAAAAUGUCCCCGUCAUCGCCGGAGCCUCAGAGAACAGCAUCCGCGGCACAGUCCAACUAACCAAGGACCUCGCCGCCGCGGGUGCUGAGUACGCCCUUAUCGUCCCACCAAGCUACUACCGCUACGCAACGGGCAAUGACGAGACGCUGUAUGAGUACUUCACAGCAGUCGCAGAUGCCUCGCCUCUCCCUGUUAUUCUGUACAACUACCCCGGUGCCGUCGCGGGCAUUGAUAUGGACUCGGACCUCAUCAUCUGCAUCUCGCAGCAUCCCAAUGUCGUGGGCACGAAGUUCACCUGUGCCAACACGGGCAAGUUAACGCGGGUCGCGCGCGCCCUGCACGCCAUCAAGCCUGCGUCCCCGCUUGCGCCUACAAAGUCCUCUGUUCCUGUUACCAAGGCUUCAGCAAAGCACGAGUACGUUGCCUUCGGCGGUAUUGCCGACUUUACGCUGCAGACGUUGGCUUCUGGCGGGUCGGCAAUUCUCGCUGGUGGCGCGAAUGUUAUACCCAAGCUCUGUGUGCAGAUAUUUACCCUGUGGGGUGAGGGUCGGUUUACGGAGGCGAUAGAGGCGCAAGGUUUGUUGAGUCAGGCGGAUUGGGUCCUUACGAAGGCUGCGAUCCCAGGGACAAAGAGCGCGAUUCAGUCUUACUAUGGGUAUGGGGGUUAUCCGAGACGGCCAUUGGGAAGGCUCAGUGACGCGCAGGCUAAGGCUGUUGCGGAUGGGAUUAAGGAAGCUUUGGAGGUGGAGCUUAAGCUGCCUGAUGUUGCGUAA